CGCGUGCGCGGAAAUUAACGCUUGCGGGUCGAGCCAGGUGUGGAGGCGGAAUGGAUCCAGGAUCGGUUCCUGGGGUAGGAGGUUUAGGAGGUCACCUUGGCUGUGCGUCAAAAGAAGUUUGUAGCCGCUGGCAUUGCAUUCUUCUGUCUUUUUAGUGGAGGUUAAUAACCCCUAAAGCCCAGCCAGCUCCGCCUCUUCUUCCUGGGAUUGGAGGAGUCUUUUCUCUCACCUCCAGCUGGGGGUGGUUGGCCUGUUCUUCCCUGCCUCCUGGGUCACGUUGGCUUCCCUCUCCUCUGCUGACCUACUGGGUCGCACCAGUCUUAAACCUAUACGCCCCUGAAGCCCCAGGGGAUAAAAAGAUAAGCCGGACACAUUCCUUUGCUGGUGGAAUUGACAGAUCAGCUCCGAGAAGUAAGAGAUGAGAAAACGGAAGCAGACAGAGGUGAAGUGAUUUGCCUAGGGUUACACAGUUGCUCCCUUCAAGACAAGAUUACUCUACCUUUCUCCCUGUAGGACCAACAGUGUUGAAAGAGUUUUGAAUUUAGUUUUUUGAAUUUCUUUGGGAAUUUGCCAAGGGCAGGUGUCCUAGAACCCUAAAGUACCCAAUGAUCAAAUCUUCUCAAUGCUGUGAUGCAAGUUAAACUGCUUCAAGAUCUGGCAAAACUUCCCUGCAUUUUGGCAAAAAUAUGCCAGUACCAAAGUCUCCCUAGAGUUCUUCCUCCAACAAUAAAACCACUAAAGGAAUUUGAAAAGAUAACAUGCAUAACCCUGACAAUAAAUCAGAAUUUAGGUUUAUGCUUUUCUGAAACAACAGCUGGUGUUUUGAAAUGUUCAUUCCCUGGACACAUCAACUGGAAAAUGUCAGCUGCAAGCAUAAUGUCUCAGUUGAAGACUGUGUUCUACAGAGUUGGAAAAAUGAAUGUUCUAUCCGUGAAAUCUAUUGGUACUUCCAGGAAAAUGAAUCACAAGCAAACUCUGUUGUAUAGAGAGUGGCCUAUGAAAAUAUUAAAGAGGUGUUAUUCAUCUAUGCCACCUGGAAAACUAGAAGUUCAACAAAUCAAGAGACCACUAAAAGCUUCUAGGACCAAACAGCCAUCCAGGGCUAACCUUCCACUUUCAUCUGUAAAUGAGGAUCUGAUGCACUGCAUAGCCUUCGCAACAGCAGAUGAAUAUCAUCUUGGCAAUCUGUCCCAUGAAUUGGGAUUUCAUGGAUAUGUGGAAAUAACCAAUUUGCCUAGAGAUGCAGCAAAUAUUUUGGUGAUUGGCGUAGAAAAUUCUGAAAAAGAGUAUGAUCCUGGAACAAUCUUUUUCUUCAGGGAAGGAGCUGUUGUAUUUUGGAAUGUGAAGAAUAAAACUAUGAAACAUGUGAUGCAAAUUUUGGAAAAACAUGAAGUUCAGCCUUAUGAAAUGGCACUGGUUCACUGGGAGAAUGAAGAGCUUAACUACAUGAAAGCAGAGGGCCAGUCAAAACUUCAUAGGGGGGAAAUCAAGUUAAAUUCAGAGUUGGAUCUAGAUGAAAUCAUAUUGGAGAAAUUUGCCUUUUCAAAUGCCCUUUGCCUUUCAGUGAAACUAGCGAUUUGGGAAGCAUCACUGGAUGAUUUUGUUGAGUCUAUUCAGUCGAUUCCCGAGGCUUUAAAAGCUGGGAAAAAGGUGAAGCUUACUCAUGAAGAGGUUAUGCAGAAAAUGGGAGAACUUUUCUCACUAAGACACCGUAUAAAUUUAAGUUCAGACUUUCUGAUGACCCCUGAUUUCUACUGGGAUAGAGAAAACUUGGAGGCACUUUAUGAUAAAACUUGUCAAUUCCUUAGCAUUACUCGUAGAGUUAAGGUGAUGAAUGAGAAACUUCAACACUGCAUGGAACUAACAGACUUAAUGCGAAAUCAUCUGAAUGAAAAGCGGGCACUCCGUCUAGAAUGGAUGAUUGUAAUACUUAUCACCAUAGAGGUAAUGUUUGAACUUGGCAGACUAUUGUUCUAAUUAUAAUUAUGUGACAAAGAUGUGGAUAACUCAAAAGUAAUCAACAGAUGUGGAAAAUGUACUGAAAAGUACCAAUGACAGAUGUGUAAAUAAUAGGAAGUGAUCUUUUUGUCCGAUUUUUUUUUAAAUAGUGGUUCUAAUCUUUGUAAUAUAUUUUUCUGGUUAAAUAAAAAUUAUGGCUUCUAUACUCUUAA